UUUUUUUCCUAUUAAAAUUAUGGCAAUAACGUAGCCACUGCCGCCCCCUUAGUCCUUACAAGACCCUAGGAAUUUCUUAUCAAAUAUAGAGAGUUGGUAUCAUUAUUAUUAUUACAGAUAAUGAAAUAAUAUUGAUAAUCUAUGUUUUGUAAAUAUAUAGUAAAGAUUAAAAUAUGUUAACAAAAUUAUUAUGUGCCUAAGCCGGACAUGUGCCUAAGCCGAAAAGCUUGAGCCUAAUAAUUAUGAAGUGUAAUUUAAAACAAUUGUUAGUGUUUCGGCAGUUGAUAUAGUUUUACAUAAAAUAUAUUUUAAUACGGCUUUCCAAAUCUUCUAUCAGUACAUAGUUUUAUGUGUUCAAAAUUAUAAUUUUUGCUAAAUUUAUCCAAAAUCUAUUCUACUGAACAAAAUAUUAAGUAUACUGAUCAUUCAAAAUUGUUUUUGAUUGCUGAUUGAAAAAUGGAGGAGGGCACUUCCACAGUAACGGAAGAGAAGAAUUUCGUAGCCGAAAAAUCAAAGAGCAGUAGGGCUAAGUGUAAGAAAUGUAAGGAAAUCUUGAACCAAGGAUCCCUUCGAAUUGCCAAAGUCAUGCCCAACCCUUUUGGCGAUGGAAAAAUGAUGGCUUGGCAUCAUCCCUCGUGCCUAGUGGCAGUGUUCGCCAAACAGAGAGCGACAACAGCUAAAAUCACUUGUGUCGAUGAUAUCGGUGGUUGGGAUGAUCUAUCCAUGGAUCACCAAAAAGAAAUAUUUACCGUCUUCCCCGACAUCCCUAAAGAGAGAAUGAAAACGAAAGAUGAUCCGACUGAAGUCACGCCCAGUAAGAAAAAGAAUAAGACCAAAGCACCUCAACCGUCUCCUCCAAUGCCUCCAAAACAAACCUUUUAUUUUAAAAACUUUCGGAAACUCUGCAUGCAACUUUCUCAAGAAAAUAGCUAUAUACAAAAAACUGCCAUCAUUAAAGAAUGUUUUAACGCGUUUUUGGCUAAAGAUAGCUCAGACAAAGCUCGAGCAGAUGGCUUAUAUUUGUGGUGUAAAAUGCUGUUGCCAAAUUCGGAAAAAAGGAUUUACAAUUUACAAUCGAAACAAUUGAUCAAACUGUUUAGUCUAAUGUGCAAACAUAAUAUGGCUGCCAUGUUGGAAGACUUGGAGAAAGGAGACGUAGCCGAGACUUUAAGGUUAUUUUUCGAAAAAAGCAAUAAUGCAGACAUGAGACCCGCGUCGAAAUCAACAUUGACAAUGACCGACGUGGACAUAUUCUUGGACAAAUUGUCUGCGGAAACCACCGAGAAUGCUCAGAUUGAGCUUUUCAAAUCGAUUUCAACCAAAUGCACUGGAAACGAUUUGAAAAUGAUUAUUCGACUUGUAAUGCACGACUUAAGAAUUAAUUGCGGACCAAAAUAUAUCCUCGGCGCCAUUCAUCCAAACGCUUACGAGGCAUACCAGACCUCGCAUAACAUGGAAACUAUAAUAAAAAAUGUUUGCUUACAUAAAGAAUUGAAUGCGGCAGCGAUUGAGACAUCUGAUAAUGCUAACGGAGCGAAAAUAAACGUAAAACUAUCGCUUUUGACACCGAUUUUACCCAUGCUGGCUGAACCAUGCAAGUGUCUUAGUGAUGUGUUUAAAAAGUGUCCCGCCGGCAUUUAUUCAGAAAUCAAGUACGACGGAGAGCGCGUGCAACUUCACAAGAGCGAAAAAGAGUUUAAAUUCUUCUCUAGGAGUUUGAAACCUGUUUUGGAUCACAAAGUAAAAAUGUUUAAAGAGUACAUUCCUAAAGCUUUUCAACACGGCAGAGAAAUGAUACUCGAUUGUGAAGUGCUAAUGUACGACCGAAACACUGACAAGCCUCUUCCAUUCGGAACUUUGGGCAUUCAUAAGAAAAGUCAGUUUGAAGACGCUAACCCUUGUUUAUUUGUUUUCGACUGCAUGUACUACAACGGUGUUUCUUUAAUGGACAAAUCGAUUGUUAAACGUCGGCAAGUGCUCGUGCAGAAUAUGACUGAAAUCAAAGGGCAUAUUAUGUUUUCGGAAGUCAAAGAAAUACACGAUACUAAAGAAUUAGAACAAAUGGUAGAAUGCGUACUUAAGCAAGGUCUCGAAGGAUUAGUUCUCAAAGAUUUAACCGGUAUCUACGAGCCUGGUAAGAGACACUGGCAAAAAGUGAAAAAAGAUUAUUUGUUUGACGGCACAAUGGCAGACAGCGCCGAUCUCGUGGUCCUCGGUGCAUGGUUUGGUACCGGCAAUAAAGGCGGUAUGAUGUCAAUAUUUUUAAUGGGGUGCUACGACGGCACCAAAGACGUCUGGCGCACUGUGACUAAAGUGCACGGAGGGCACGACGAAAAAACCCUGGAAAGGUUACAAGGCGAAUUAAAAAUGGUCAAGAUCAGCAAGGACGCCGACAAAGUGCCGAGAUGGCUGAAGUGCACCAAAACAAUGAUACCGGAUUUCGUAGCAGAAGACCCAAAAAAAAUGCCCGUUUGGGAAAUUUCCGGAGCUGAGUUUACACAAGCGGACGUACACACGGCAAACGGUAUAUCCAUUAGAUUUCCCAGAGUCACCAAAAUAAGAGACGACAAACACUGGGAAAGCGCUACAAGUCUUGCGGAACUACAGAGAUUAUUUGAUUUAUCCAAACAAACCGAACAUUUAAAUCUUUUUUCCAAAAAUUCACCCAAAGGGAAAAAGUCUCCAUCGAAAAAUUCGGAUUCCGAUAAUAGUUCGUUUCAGUCGUCGCCCGAAAAACAAAAAAAAAUUAAGAGAACUAUUGAUUCGGUUUUGCAAGGGUCGUCUAAUUCCAAGACUAUAGCAGAGCCCAGUAAGAAAAAAAUAAAACUCACCGAAGACGGCCCACGGAGGCCUUUACCCGACUUGUUUACUGGCAUAAGAGUGGUCGUUCCAGAUUCAUCGCAGAAAAACAAGUUCCUGCGGUAUUUUAUUGCUUACGGAGGAACAGUCAUAGACGACUCGGACACAUCUCCAGCCACUCAUGUCAUAGUUGCCAACAAGUGUCCUUCGGAUCAAACACCUAAAUCGCCAAAGAGUGCAAUCGCUGUGAACGCUCAGUGGUUCUGGGACAGUAUAAGAAGCGGCAAAUUACUUCCCAUUGAAAAAUAUCAAUAAAAAAAAUUAUAAGUUUUUUUUUAUCCACGCUCUUAUUGAGUUAUAUUUCAUUCGAAUAAUGUUAACUAAUUAUUUAUGGCUAUUUAAAUUUAACCAAUAGUAAAUUCCGCUUGUUUAACAACUAUAUUAACUGAAAUAUUAUUUGUAUGUAAGUUGUACGGUUCCUAUGUAUAGUAGUCGAGCAUGAAUUAAGUAUUGAUUAC